AGGAGAGGGCCAACAGAUAUAGUAGAUUUAUUCUAGUUGCCAAGGUCAAGGAUUCUUUUUUGGAUUCAGCCGUUAGGGAACUCUUUCCUCAGUGACAACCGAUAGACUGUCUGCUUUGCAUUCUCUUGUCAGUGUGCACCACUGAUAAAAAAAAAAAAACUUAAAAAAAAAAAAGUAUGUGAGAAUAUUUUUAAAGGGGAAUCAGGAAAUUAUUUAUCAGUGUGAAGCACCAGAGAGUUCUGUAUAGUCUUCAAUGCCAAAGUUAUGGGGUUUACAGCACAACAUCUGCAUUCACUAUAAUUCAGAGACUCCAGCUGCUGGAAGCUCUUGCAAGGCAUAGCCAAGGAUGUUUGCAUUGCUUUACGUUACAAGUUUUGCCAUCUAUACAAGUGGACAAUCUCUUCACAACCAGCUCAAAGGAGAAAAUUACUACGCGAGAUAUAUUUGUAGCAUUCCUGGCUUGCCGGGCCCUGCAGGUCCCCCCGGAGCUAAUGGAUCACCAGGCCCUCAUGGGCGUAUUGGUCUUCCAGGAAGAGAUGGUAGAGAUGGCAGGAAAGGAGAAAGGGGUGAAAAAGGGAAUGCAGGUUUAAGAGGCAAGACUGGACCUUUAGGAACAACUGGAGAUAAAGGAGACCCAGGACAGUCUGGUAAAAAAGGACCUACAGGAUUGGUUGGUGCCAAAGGUGAAGUGGGUCCAGCUGGACCACGUGGACCUAAGGGAGAUAAAGGAGACCGCGGAGAACAAGGUGUACCAGGGAUCUGUAAGUGUGGAAGGAUAGUGCUGAAAUCCGCCUUUUCUGUUGGCAUCACUACGAGCUACCCAGAAGAAAGAUUACCAAUCGUAUUCAAUAAAGUCCUUUUCAAUGAGGGUGAGCAUUACAACCCUUCCACAGGGAAGUUUGUAUGUGCCAUUCCAGGGAUCUAUUACUUCUCUUAUGAUAUCACCUUAGCAAAUAAGCAUCUUGCUAUUGGGCUGGUUCAUAAUGGGAAAUACCGAAUAAAGACAUUUGAUGCUAACACAGGAAACCAUGACGUAGCUUCUGGAUCCACAGUGAUCUAUCUUCAGGCAGAAGAUGAAGUGUGGCUUGAGAUCUUCUACACUGACCAAAAUGGUCUCUUUGCAGAUCCUACCUGGUCAGACAGCUUGUUUUCUGGAUUUCUCUUAUAUGUUGAUACAGAUUAUCUCGAUGCCUUAUCUGAUGAUGACGAACUGUGAUAUGGGAGAUGUCAAAACAUCUCCAAACAAACUAGACAGUCUGACACAGGAUUUGAUUUGGAGUGUAUAGGAGACAAAACAAUAAUGAUAUGAGCUGGAAUUUUAUUUUUGUAUUGAUGGGACCACAAAUCAAAUGUGGAAAAAGGUUUCUAGCCUCUAUGCAGGACAUUUUACCAAAGAGCAGGGAUAACAAAAUUAAUAAUAUACUAAUGAAUGACUGUCACUCCAGACCCAGAUCCUCUUAAAGAUUAUGUUUAUAAUAAUAUUUAAACAAAUUUAAGAUAAUGUACAUCAAAUUUUAUAUAAAAUAUAUUGAGUUGUGAAGUGACUGAUAGAGUGGUAUUGAC